AUGUAUUUUCUCAAAGAUGGCGCUACUAAAGUUGAAUUUAAUGUAUAAGGAUUCGUGUUGGUUGCCCUGUUAAAGCUGUUUGUAUACUAUCCGAUAUUAUUCCAUGUUUUACAGAAAGAGUUAGAAAUAAGAACAAAUCAACAAUAAGGUAAUAACGUUCGUUUUGUUAAUUUUUGUGUGAGCUCGAAUUUGGUUUAACUUAAAAUGGAUCGAGAACUUGUCGAAAAAUUUAUGGAAAUAACUGGAAAAAGCGAAGCUACAGCAUGCCAAUAUUUAUCACUAGCAGAUGGAAAUGUAGAAAUGGCUGUUACUUUAAUGUUUGAAGAAGGACAGGUGCCUCAAGUUCAAGCAGUAGAUUCUGAGCCAGAAGUACGACCACCUAUAUUACCUACUCAAGAAAUACUGGUUGAUUCUGAACCAAUGUUUUCACUUCCAAGGUUGCCCAAUGCUUUUGAUAGAUUUAGAGAUUUCGCUCUUGAAACUCAACGGCAAGAAGAGGAAAUGACUUUAAGAGUUGCCGGUGUAAAAGAGAGCUCUCAACCUAAAUCAAAGCGUUUGGAAGAUUUAUUUAGACCUCCGAGUAAUAUUUUAUUUCUUGGUACAUUUGUGGAUGCAAGAGAACACGCAAAGUCUUUAAAUCGUUGGUUACUCGUUAAUGUUCAGGAUUCUCAGGAGUUUGUUUGUCAAGUUCUUAACAGAGAUGUGUGGUCCAACGAGCAAAUUCAAGAAAUUGUGAAGGAUCAUUUUGUUUUGUGGCAGGUAUUAUCAAAUACCAAAGAUGGAAAGAAUUACAUAGAUUUUUAUAAAGUAAUAAAUUAUCCGUACCUAGCAGUCAUAGAUCCUAGAACAGGGGAAUGUAUAAGAAAAUAUAAUCACAUUACUAUAGACAGCUUGAUAUCCGAUUUAAAUGACAUUUUAAGUAUUCAUGCAUCGCCAGAAGGUGCUUCUAAUGACAUAAUCAAUCAUAAAUCUGAUAAUAUUUCUUCGUUACUUGUGAAAGAGAGUCAAUUAUCAAAAACAUCAAAAAAUGAUUACGCAUCAUGUAGUAAAAGUACAAGAAAUGUAGCAUCCGAUAGAGAUUACGCAGACAGUACGUCUAAACAGCUGGAUAGUCAAAAUAAUAGCAAUUCAAAUAUUUCAAGCAAUAGUCCAUGUAUUCUGAAAAAAAGGAGACGACUCGACAAUACAAAUCAGAAGGUUGAAUCUCCUGAAAGGAAGGAAGAAAUGGUAGACAAAAUGCAAGACGGUAAAACUGAUGUAGAUACAGAUAAUGACAAGCCGCUCUUACGAUUAUGUUUACGAUUACCCACUGGUGACAAGGAAACAAUAUCCAUGUGUGCUAAUAAUACUAUUGAAGAUUUUUUGAAAAGAAUGAAAGACAUGGGUUAUCCGUUAGCCGAUUAUACGUACUUAGUUCCAUUUCCAAAAACAAAUAUUGGUAUACUCGCAGUAAAUAUUCGAUUAAUAGACACGAUUUUAUUUCCGUCAAAUACAGUGUUCAUAACAAAAACGUGAAUAUGUGUGUGCAUAGUACUUUUAUCUUUAAAUAAGUUAUUUAGUUAUAAAGGAUGAAGUAUACCUAAGAUAUAAGUUAUCCAGAUAUCUAGCACCGUGAAAGAUAUUCGGUAUAUGAUAUUUUUGUUGAGUACCUUAUCUUAUAUAUUUAAAAAAUUACCAUGUGUCCAUGUUUAUAUUCUACUUGUUGCUCAAAUAUAUUAAUAUCUUCUUUUUAUAUUA